UAAGGUCGCAUUACUCAGCCCAUCCGAUCGGUCAGUUUGCCGCGAACGCGCGAGUCGUCGAUUUCGUUAGCGCGCGAAUUAUUACAUAUAAAACAAAAUGUUGUUUUACUUUUUCACAGCUGUGUUACUGUCCAGUGCACACGCUAAGUUUUAUAAAGAUUGUGGAUCAAAGUUAGGUACGGUCCAGGAUGUGGGCAUAACCGGCUGCGCACCAGAUGCCAAGGAAUGCGUCCUAAAGAGGAACACCAAUGCUACCAUAUCCAUCGACUUUACACCUACUACGGACGUGAAAGCCAUCGAUACUGUGGUGCACGGCAUCAUCAUGAAUCUGCCCGUGCCCUUCCCUAUGCCCAAUCCGGAUGCUUGCAAAGAUGAGGGCCUAACCUGCCCAAUAAAGAGCGGUGAAAAACAGGCAUAUAGGGCAACACUGCCAAUAUUAAAGUCAUACCCCAAAGUCAAGGUCGAAGUGAAAUGGGAAUUGAAGAACGAAAACGGCGAAGAUUUAGUCUGCAUCAUGAUACCCGCUAAGAUCAAUUGAAUAUCAUCCUUUAUUGUAACAGGUUAUUUUAUAAUCUGUGAACUAUUUCAGUUUCACAAUUUAAUUAUACGUAAAAUUCGAAAAUUAAGUUACCAUUAACAGCGUGUUUAA